AAAACAUUGCCAACCACCAAAAAGAAAGAGGAAGAGAAGAAAUUCCUUGGAAGACUUUCGUAUAAGCUCGACUAUGAUUUCGAUAAAAGUUCGCUAUCUGUAGCCAUUAUACAAGCAGAAGAUCUUCCUGCAAUGGAUCUCGGUGGUACAUCUGACCCUUAUGUGAAACUUUUCCUUAUGCCUGACAAAAAGAAAAAGUUCCAAACCAAAGUCCAACGAAAAUCACUUAAUCCAGUCUUUAACGAGACCUUCAUUUUCAAGGUCCCUUAUAAUGAAAUCAGUGGACAAACUUUGAUCCUAAAUGUUUUCGAUUUUGAUCGAUUUGGCAAACAUGACCAGAUUGGUCAAAUUUCAAUACCUUUGGGAAAAGUUGAUUUGGCGGCAACGAUAGAGCGCUGCGACCUCAUUGAAUCGCCACCGGAAAACAGGUUGGGAGAAGUAUGUUUAGCGUUGCGGUAUGUUCCAAAUAAAAACAAAUUAACGGUUGUGGUUAUGGAAUGUAAGAACCUCAAAAAGAUGGAUGUUCUGGGACUUUCAGAUCCCUACGUGAAAAUUUACCUUAUGAUGCAAAACAAGCGGUUGGAAAAGAAAAAAACAACAAUAAAGAUGAAAACACUUAAUCCCUAUUAUAAUGAGUCAUUCAGUUUUGAUGUUAGUCCCGAAAAAGUGCAGCGCGUUCAUUUACAAAUAACAGUAUCGGAUUACGACAGAGUCGGUUCUAAUGAACGAAUCGGGCAAGUAAUUAUUGGGCACAAUGCGAGUGGUGUUGCAUUAAAGCAGUGGAAUGAUAUGUUAGCCACCCCUCGAAGAUCAGUUGCUCAGUGGACAAUUCACCGAGCAGCGAACUUAAAACUACUUGCGACAAAUAAUAUAGAAAAUAUAAAAAAUUGGCGCGAUACGAUUCCAUGUGAAAAUGAUCGAAUUUUUUUCAAUGAACGAAGAACUGUCGUAACAAUAUUAAGUAAUUCGCUAGCUGUCAGUUCGAUUGAUUUUCCAAAAAAUGGAAUCUUUUUUCUAGCAAAUAAUGCCAUUAUUGGUUCCAAAGGUACAUGGCAGUGUUCGCAGAAAGUCGAACGCCAAGGUAAUUUUUUUAAGUCCAAUCAAAUUUUCAAAUCAGCCUUCAAAGGCAACUAUAACCCGAGGAACGAUCAGUAA